CAGUGGGACGCUCGGUCAUUUACAUAGUCAGCGCGAGCACGUGGAGAGGGCGCCUCACCGAGGGUGUGCUGUUGUCCCGCGACGGCACGGCUUGUGAGUCUUCACCUUGGACUUCGUGGCCUCCCGGUGUGUUUUCAGUGGCCCUGAACUGUUCGAAAGUUGGAGUUUAUGCCAAAAUCGCGAACGCGAGCCACAGGUAGCGCCCCGCACCUGACUGCACUCUCGAGAAAGUUGAGAAACUCCGGCGGGCGCUCUUCGGAUGUCUCGAGCGGCGUUGUGAGCAUGCGCCCCACGUAGCGCUGCUCCAAAUUCAAACCUGGGGACCUCCCCGAGCCUCCUUCACGCGACGAGUUAGACUGGGCCGCAAAGGGCAAGUCCAGUAUGGUGGACAGGGGCCCCUUGCUGACCUCCGCGAUCAUCUUUUACUUGUCCAUCGGAGCGGCGAUUUUCCAGGUGCUGGAGGAGCCCAACUGGCAGAGAGCGGUGGACGACUACAAGCUGAAAAAGUCCCAGAUCAUCAAGGACAUCCCGUGUCUGACCCAGAAGGACCUGGAGAGGAUCCUCGAGGUGGUGUCUGAGGCUGCUGGUCAGGGGGUCACCAUCACUGGAAACCACACGUUCAACAACUGGAACUGGACCAAUGCGGUCAUUUUUGCUGCUACAGUGAUCACCACGAUAGGCUAUGGGAACAUCGCCCCUAAGACGUCCCCAGGCCAGGUCUUCUGCAUUUUCUACGGGCUCUUUGGUGUGCCACUCUGCCUCACAUGGAUUAGCGCUCUGGGCAAGUUCUUUGGUGGAAGGGCGAAGUACCUGGGCCAGUUCCUCACCAAGCGGGGUAUCGCCCUGAGGAAGGCCCAGAUCACCUGCACUGCGGUCUUCAUCAUCUGGGGAGUGCUUAUCCACCUGGUGCUCCCACCCCUGGUGUUCAUGAAGACUGAGAACUGGUCGUACGUUGAGGGGCUCUACUACUCCUUCAUCACCAUCGCCACCAUCGGCUUUGGAGAUCUGGUUGCUGGCGUCAAUCCAGACAUCGAGUACCACGUCCUGUACCGAUACUUCGUGGAGCUUUGGAUCUACUUGGGCUUGGCAUGGCUGUCCCUCUUCAUCAACUGGAAGGUCAGCAUGUUUGUGGAAGUUCACAAAGCUCUGAAGAAACGGAGAAAGCGGCGCAAGGAAUCUCUGGAGGGCAGUCCACACCAUCAACGCAAGAAACCGGCCCUGCACUUGGCCACCUCCGAGGACGUCAACAUCUUCACCUUCCUUUCCAGGAAGGAGGAGGGCUACAAUGACCUGAUCAAGCAGAUCGGCUCUGAGGCCCUGAAGAACGGCGGCCCGGUGGGCAGAAGUGCCAGCUCCAGUAGUAAGAUCUUACGGUUCGACCACUCUCCCAGGCACAGCCGCAACCUGAGUCGGCGAGACGUGACCAUCUUCUCUCCGAACUUCACGUUCGACGACUCGGCAUCCAUGAAUGGUGUGGAGAACCAGGAGCAACUUCUCCAUCCGCUUCAUGAAACCGAAGACCUGGAGCUCAAGGACAGGAACUUCGAGAACCAGUUGGACAAAAGCCACAACGACGAAGGCCGGUGGGAUGGCAACAAUUACCAGCCCCUCAUUUUCCAGAACAACAACAUCGCCUUCAUCGAUGAAGACAACCUCUUGGAGGAACAGCGGAAAGGCAAGCUGUCGCUUGAAGACAACGAGAUCGAGCUGCACGAGGUGGCUGUGUCCGAGUCGGAGGGCUCCUCUGUCUUCACCAUCGACAGCUCGGAGCGCUCCCUGUCCUACGAGCGCUUGGUGGAGGAAUUCGCCAAGGACGGUAGGCCACGUCUUCUGCCUGCCACGUGACUCUGCCACCUCCCUGCUCCUGAUCACUUUGGAAGGCUUUGGAUUUUGCACAUCUGGUCAGUGGAGACCUAAAGGACAUCACAUGUGAUUUGGGGCUGCAGUCUGGGACUCCAUGCUGUACUGCUGGGGCAGACGUCACACCGGCCGAGCGAUGGAGAGACCCUUUGAUCUGUGGUCCUGCCACACGUUUUUAUUUCCUGAAGGCACAACGCCUGCCUUGAACUUCACGAAAACGAUUUCUGUCCAAAGACGAGACGCUAGUCACCUGGACUACAACGGUUUUAGCAACUUGAGGUUUGAAAAGAGGGUCUUGGCUGAUGAGGUCAUCUGCUGGCAGACUGCCCCCACCCCGGGCUCUCUCUGACCUCCGGCCCCCCGAGUCCUCGCCUGCUAACGGUUGUGCUGCUUUUAGAUUCUCUCUCUCUCUCUCUCGGUUUUUAAAAUGGCUGCACUUUGGUGCCGGAGGGGGCGCUCCGGUGGUCCCGACCCAGAAGUCUGAUGUUUCCCAGUGAGACCUUUGGCUCUGCACCGAUGCCAAGUCUCCGCUCAUCUCCUAAAUGUACCCCUCGCCCUUGUGGGGGUUUUGCUCUCAUAGCUGCGUUUGUUGCCACCCUGCCAACGUGUUGAGAUCUGCCAGUGGUGCCCCACCUGUCGGAUUUUCACGUUUUACGCCCCGAGCCUUCUGACUGCAGGAAGCUGCCGAGUUACAAGCUGCGACAGGAAUGGCGAGGGCCGCCUAAUUCAACGACCCAGCCCCCCCCUGUGUGUGUGGUGGUCCGGGUGGGCUCAUUCAGUCACCGUGUGAGGAAACUUCCGGAAGAAUCCUGGGGCUUGCAGCGUUCCUAGGGAAUCUGGGCACUGCUGGUCUGGGGGUCCAUCAUUAGGUGUGGGGGUGUUUGUCGUUAGAUAGGGGACUAGGAGGGUUUGGGGGUCUUUAUUAAAGGCCUGUUUCUGGCCGGGGAGUUGAAGGGUUAGGGUGUCUUUACUUAGGGACCCUUAUGGCAGACAUGGGGGGCUUAUGAACACUUUUUAAAUAGUCCACGGUUUUCAUUCCCGCUCUCAACUCCGCUAACUUGUGCUUUAAUGUUAAAGAACUUGGGGGGUCCGCAGCUGUGGCUCUUCUAAGUGGUUGGAUGGUCUGUAACUGGGGGCUUAGGCUGGCAGCUGGGUGAAGAACUUCCUUAAAGUUUGGGACCCUCCGAUGAGGGCACAUUCAGCGUCCAGUGCCAUGAAGGCUUUUGGGGGAGCAAAGAUAACAAACUUGGAGGUCUUCCACACAAAAGGGGGGGGGGAGCUUAGAAAGAAGUAUGCAAGCCCCCCUUAAAUGGGGAGCAUUACUGAGUAUUGUUGGGCUUUCUGUUAUCAGGAAGACCUUUAGAUGUGAAGCCUCUAAUGGGGGCUCUUAAAAGGGUCUGGAGCGGGGGGGUCUUUUUAGGGGUCUCCAGCCUGCCAUUCUCGUCGUACUUGGUGGGGUUAUUAGUGCCUCCUUUAUCAGUUAAAGACCAUCCAACUGAAGGGCUGGCACAAGGGUACUAUGGGGGGGGGGGGUAAAAGUGUGGGACCCUCUACUGAGGGGGGUGUCCAGUAUGGUGACUUGCAAAGGUUUUUUUGGUGGGGGUCUCUCAUUGAGGGUCCUUUUAUAUGUAAAAAAAGAAA